AUGUUAUUCUCCGACGACUUCAGCUUUUCCAACACACUCGAAACCCGGAAGUCGAACUCCGGAAUCUUAACACAACUGUGCUUUGCAGAGGAUUCACAGCCUGGGCCCAGUAAAGAAGACAAAGCUAAGCAACUGCCCAGCUUUUGGAUCCCUUCACUGACCCCUGAGGCCAAGACCAAAGUCAUUCAGAAGCCAGACAAGUGUGUGUACUGUCCCAUGAGCAGGAAACCCCUGAAGCUGAAAGACCUGAUUCCAGUGCACUUCACCCCCGUGGAUACUAGUGUCGAUCGUGUAGGGCUGAUCAACCGUCAGGACCGAUACGUGUGUGCGGUCACACGAGACAUGCUUGGCAACUCUGUCCCUUGUGCUGUGCUCCGUCCAUCGGGCUCUGUUGUGACUCUAGAGUGUGUGGAGAAACUCAUCAAAAAGGACAUGGUUGAUCCAGUGAAUGGGGAGAAGCUCACAGAGAAGGACAUCAUUGUCCUACAGCGGGGUGGCACAGGAUUUUCAGGGUCAGGUGUGGAGCUGGAGGCCAAGAAGUCCCGCCCUGUUAUGCAAGCAUAACCUGUACAGACAGCUGCCCAGGCAGAGGAAAGAAACAGCCACUUUGCCAUUCUAGGCUGGCUACAAUGUCUUAUCCCAAAACAGCAAAUAUUGCAUAUGAAUAGAGAUGGCAAAAACCUUCUGUAAAUUUGUAAAUAAAAGCUGUUUUGUUUCUUUGUUUUA